AUGUUUUUUAAAGAAAAAUCUGUUAAAGAAACUCCAACUGCUCCAGCUAGCCCUUCAAUAUUGCCAUUAAGUGAUGCCAAUCUUCCAGAAACAGUAAUAAAAGAAAUCAAUCGAAUAUUAUAUUUUGGUUUUGGAAGCUUUUUAACCGUUUCAAUCAUUUCAUUAGCAAUAAUUCAGGCUAAUUCAAAUGCUGUUUGUGAUCGGAAUCUAGAUGAAAUGAUUGGUUUAUCUUCAAUAUUUUCACUUUCAAUGUCUCUAAUGUGCUCUCUCAUGCUUCUAUUACCAGAUCAAAGAAACACAUUAGUAAAAGCAUUUAAAUACAAUGAGUUUCCUUCUAUGAAAAAAAUAUCAGUUUGGAAAUGGACUAGUAUUAUUUCAUUUAUUUUGGUUCCUAUUUUAGUGAUAAUACAUGAUGUUGGUGGAUUCAUAAGUAUUUCUGAAAGUAACUCUUGUAAAUAUACCGCACCAGGAUUAUAUAUCGGAGCUUCUAUUGUGAUGAGUUUCCAACUUUUAAUUAUCUUAUUAUUAACUAUGGCACUUUUUUUUUCUAAUUUAAUGGAUUUAAUAUAUUCGCUCCCAUCCAUAAAUAUCGACAAAAUUCAUGAAUUUACUGAUAUAAUGGUAGGAGAGUUGGUCAAAUAUACAAAAUCUUUAUUUAAUUUGGUAAUGAAUAAAACAAGUGAUUAUUUUGGAAAGUGCUGUUUUUCAAGUUCCAUUGCUGAACUCUACUCAAAAUUCGUUUCAAAUUGUAAAAAACUAAAAUUCUCUUUUUCUGAAAUGAUCACUAAAUUGGCCGAUGUGUCAAAAAAUAUCACCAGCAAGUUUCGAGCUCUAUUCGAAAAUGUUGGGAAGCUCAGUAAACAAGCAGUUAAAAAAAUUAACUUUUGUGGUGAGGAAUUAUGUGUUUUUGGAAGAAAAAUAAUAAUGAAAGCCAAAUCAGCUAUUUUAACAGUAAAAGAAAAAUCAAUAGGUAUGUUAUAG